ACGGUACCCGAAAGUCCUAUUUCACUUCUCCUAAAAAACUCUAUAUUUUCACACCAUACCCCUAAAGAAAACAUGAAGAGAAGCUUUCUCAAUAGAGAAGAGAAUAAUUUAGCUUUGGCAAAUUGUUUGAUGCUUCUUUCACAAGGAGGACAUCAAUACGAACACCCGGAGAUCGAUAGUAACCCGAGCCGGGUUUUCGAGUGCAAAACAUGUAACCGACAGUUCAAUUCGUUCCAAGCUCUAGGAGGUCAUCGGGCAAGUCAUAAGAAGCCCAGGUUGGUAGAAGUAGAUAGCGAGAUGUCGGAGAAUCAAGCGUCACCAGCUAAGCCUAAGACACACGAGUGCUCGAUCUGUGGGCUUGAGUUCGCGAUUGGGCAAGCGCUGGGUGGACAUAUGAGGAGGCAUAGGGGUGUUUUGAGUGAAAACCAGCAUGAAGAACCAAUCGUGAAGAAAUCUAACAGCAGAAGGGUUUUAUGCUUAGAUUUGAAUUUGACUCCAUUGGAGAAUGAUCUGGAAUUGUUUAAGCUAGGCAAGGGAGCUCCAACAAUAAAUUUUUUGUUAUAAACUAUUUUUAUUUUUGUAAUAAUUUAUAUUUGUUCAUUAAUUUCAUAAAUAGAAAUAUUUCACUUUUUUUUUAAAUAAA